UUAUUAUUCUAAGGAAAUAUGCAUAAGUCAAUGUUUGGAACAAUAAUUAGGUCGUCUUCUAUGACUUCAACUCGACCAGCUUUUACCAUGUCUCCUCUUUUCACUAACCUUUCUUCAAUUUUACGUCGAAGUUAUGUUAGUAAAACGAUAUAUGUUGCUAAUAUACCUUGGAGUAGUAACGAACAAAUUCUCAGAGAUCUUGGUACAAAAUAUGGUGAAGUUUCUUCUGUUCGUUUACCCCUGGAUAUUGAAGGCAGGAUUCGUGGUUUUGGGUUUAUCGAGUACGAUAAUGAGGAGUCUGCACAAAAAGCUAUCGAAAAUAUUAAUGGUUAUGAACUUGAAGGUAGACAGCUACGUGCAGCAGAAGCUGCUGGUUCUCGGAAUAAUAGUGGUUUUGGAAGAAACCGAUUCGGCAGAGGUCGCGUUGGUCGUGCUGGUUUUGGCGGUGAAUAUGGCGGCCGUGGAUUUGGUGGUCGUGACAAUUCAGAAUGGCAAGAUCGACGUCGAACACAAUUCGGAGAUGAACAGUAAUUUAGUACUAUUUCUCAUAACUCAUGUAAGAUAAUUAGUUAUAAUAUUUAAUAACUAAUUUUCUAUUUUUCAAUGUUCAAAUAUUGAUAUAUAAAAAUAUAUUUUAUUUUAUUUUAUUUUAUUUUUUUUUUUAGAAAAAA